GCGGUGAUUGCUGACGAGGCUCACCGGCACCACGGCAACGGUACGACAGAACAGAUCCAACAGAUCCUGGCAGGGCUGCUGCUGGGUGGUGGGGCGGGCGGUGGAGGUGGGAGGCGGCAUGUGCGUGGGGUGCAGCCCCGGCAGCAGCCCCGGGGCCUCACGUUCUUUGGCUUCACCGCCACACCCAGUCCCAAGGCGCUGCAGCUGUUUGGAGUGGCGACGGAGGUACCCGCCGACCCAUGGGUCGACGAGACUUCCGGGGUCAGCGGGCAACAUGGCAGCGGCAGUGGUGGCAGGCAACACGCAGGACCUCACCGCCGCCAUCGUCUCACUACUGACUCCGACCAGCAAGCCAGGGAGCAACAGCAGCAGCAGCGGCAGCGGCAGCAGGAGGAGCGGCAGGAGGAUUUGCUGGAGGCCUUGAUGUUUGCGGGUGGGGGUGGGGGUGCUGGCGGCAGCAGCGGUCGAGAGGCGAGCAGGAGGAAGCGCAGCGACAACAGCGGCGGGCAUGACAACAACAGCGACGGCGCUAAAGCCCCGAGGCGGGAAAGCAGCACUGCCCUGCUGUACACCCCCUUCCAUUGCUACUCCAUGCGAAGUGCCGUACGAGACGGCUUCGUACUGGAUGUACUGCGGUGCUACAGCUGCGUGAUGCCACGACUGCGGAUUGCGGGUGUCGGUACUGCAGGUGCAGCAGCAGAGGGUGCCAGCUUGGAUGGGGUUGCGCCUCAUCCUGGUAACACAGCGGGUGCUGCUGAUGCUACCGGCGCUGGUGCUGGUGUUGCUGCCCCUGCCCCUGCCGCCCCUGCUAGCAUCGCGGAGGAGGGGGUGCUGGUGGAGGCGGCGUCCAACAGCCGGCAGGUGGUGGAGCGCAAGGCCGCCUACAUCCUGCAGCGCUUCACGGCGCAGUGGCGGCGAGCUGCCGCCGCCGGCUUCCCCUGCCUCCGGGGUAUGCUGGUGGCGCGCAGCCGGCAGCACGUGGUGUGGUACGUGCAGCCCCCAUGCAGCCACCGCCUGCUCCACCUGCUGGGCUGCCCCGGCCCCAACCCCCACCCCCACAUGGUGGAGCCCCCGCCUGCCGAGUGCUGAAUGGCCCCCUGCUGCUGUGCUGCUCUGGGCUCCCGACAAUCCUCACCGGCCCCCUCCCCUCAGGCCCUCCGACGGCUCAUCGCGCAGGACCCCGAGUUCGCCCGGUUGGCAGAGUCCGCGGCUGCGGCUGAAACCGGGGAGACCGCACUACUGACCGGCAACAGCAGCAACAACACCGGCAACCGCAACAGCAG